UGUUGUUUACCAGGAACACCCGCGUAUCUUGACUGAGCUAACGGCUAUUUAGCCACAAAACACAGGCUUUAAAGUUAUUUAGCAAAAAGUUUUUAACGGAAAGCAGUUUGGUGACAAAGAUGUGAAGUUAUACCACGCCGCUUAUAAGAAGCUGACGUUAACUUAGCUUCUUAUUUUACGAAAGCUAAUGUGUGCUAAGCUAGCUGCCAAACAGCAGCUGCCCAGAUGUUUGGGGAAAGUUAGCGGUUUUAAAAUAUAGCUAACAUCAGGAGCUAUGAGGUCCUUGAACUACGUUCAGCGUGUCAGUUUGGAUUUUGCAGGAACUUUGUUUCCUCACGCGAUCUGUUUGGGAGAUGCAGACAACGACUCGCUGAACGAGCUGGUUGUAGGGGACACCAACGGAAAGCUGCUUGUCUACAAGAAUGACGACUCCAAACCCUGGAUCACAAGAACCUGUGUGGGCAUGCUGACCUGUGUGGCUGUUGGGGAUGUCUGCAACAAAGGAAAAAACUUUGUCGUAGCUGUUGGCGCGGAGGGCUGGUUUCACCUCUUUGACCUCACAGCUGCCUCUUCAAGUAAAUCCGAUUCAUCCAGUCAGCAUGAGUUCAUGUCGUCUGAUGACCAGAAGCCGCUCUUCACCCAACAUAUUCCUGCCAACACCAAAGUCAUCCUCAUCAGUGACAUCGACGGUGACGGCCGCUGUGAGCUGGUGGUGGGCUACACAGACAGAGUGGUGCGAGCUUUCCGUUGGGAGGAGCCGACAGAAGGGUCAGACGUUGGACCUGGACAGCUGAUUCUGCUGAAGAAAUGGCUUCUGGAGGGGCAGGUGGACAGUUUGUCAGUGAACCCGGGUCCUGAGGGUUUACCGGAGCUCAUGGUGUCUCAGCCGGGCUGCGGCUACGCCAUCCUUCUGUGUUCCUGGACCCAACAGGACUCCAGCGGCUCCGGAGAUGACGCCCCCGCCACCCCGGGGAGUGAGGGACCCUCCAGAGAUGUAGUUCUCCAUCUGACCACCGGGCGGAUACACAACAAGAACGUCUCCACUCACCUUAUCGGCAGCAUCAGUAAAGGCUCAAAAGAAGAAUCUUCUAAAUGCGGCCUGUUUGCUCUCUGUACUUUAGAUGGGACCCUGAAGUUGAUGGACAGCUCAGAGCAGCUGCUGUGGUCCGUCCAGGUGGACCAUCAGCUGUUCGCGCUGCAGAAACUCGACGUUACUGGUGACGGCAGAGAGGAGGUGGUGGCGUGCGCCUGGGACGGGCAAACCUACAUCAUCGAUCACAAUCGGACUGUAGUGCGCUUCCAGUUCGAUGAGAAUGUCAACGCGUUCUGUGCCGGCCAGUACACAUGUAAGGAGGGUAAAAACAGCCCCUGUCUGGUCUACGUGAGCUUCAACCACAAAAUCUACAUCUACUGGAAGGUGGAGCUGGAGCGUAUGGAGUCCACCAACAUGUUACGCAUCCUGGAGCAGAAACCCGAGUUUAAGAGCCACCUGAAGGCGCUGGGAGUCGAUACAGAGGACCCAGCAGCAGUGAGAGCUCUGGUGGCAAAUGUUCUUUACGAGGAUUCACAGAGUUAACACACACACACACACACACACACACACACACACACACACUCUGCUGUCUGUUUCCCCCUGACUGUAAAUACUCUGUUAAUAAACAACUGAAUGCCUG